AUGAGAUUUAAUAUUGUCUACUUCAAUCGAGACAAAAACGCCAUCUUCGUUGAGCUUAUCAUAACCAGACACAAACGCUGCCGAAAUCUCCCUUUCUCUCUGAUUCUUUCUCUAUACAUUUCUUUCUCUCUGUUUCUCUGUUUCCUUCCCUCUGUUUCCCACUCUAUUUCUUUCUCCUUCUCUUUCUCUCUCUCUCUCUCACUAUCUCUAUCUGUGUUUCUAUAUAUCUUUCUAUUUGUUUCUCUCUCUGUUCCUCUCCCUCUGUUUCUAUCUAUCUCUGAAAAUUUCUCUAUUUGUUUUUCUCACUCUCUCUCUUUGUUACCCCUCUCUCUGUUUCUAUCUCUCCCUCUUUGUUUUUCUCUUUCUCUUUCUUUAUUUCUCAUUCUAUUUCUCCCUCUCUCUAUUUUUUUUCUCUCUGUGUUUCUCUUUCUUUUUCUCUUUUAUAUAUCUCUCUAUUUGUUUCUCUCUCUCUCUGUUUCCGCCUCUCUCCGUUUCUAUCUCUCUCUUUGUCUUUCUCUUUCUCUCUCUAUAUUUCUCCCUUCCUCUAUUUCUCUCUCUGUUACUCCCUCUCUCUAUUUCUCUCUCUGUUUCUCUCUCUGUGUUUCUCUUUCUGUUUCUCUUUCUCUGUUUCCCCCUCUCUCUGUUUCUACCUCCCUCUCUUUGUUUUUCUCUUUCUCUCUCUCUUUAUUUCUCUCUCCAUUUCUCCCUCUCUCUAUUUCUCUCUCUUUUUUCUCUCUGUGUUUCUCUCCCUGUUUCUCACCCUCUCUCUUUGUUUCCUAUCUAACUUUGUUUCUCUCUUUCUGUUUCUCUCUCUGUAUAUAUUUAUCUCUACAUAUCACUCUCUCUGUUUCUCUCGCUGUUUCUCUGUUUCUCUCUCUGUAUUUUUUUCUCUCUCUCUUUUUCUCUCCCGCACAGAUUAAGUCCAGAUUACUUUCAUGUCAUAUGUUCUUAUUCAAUUAG